AUGGUCCAAGAAGGGAAUUCGGCCCCCUUCAUUCAUGGUAAGAUGACAAGUUCAAGUUCUGCUAAUAAUGUCAAAACUUUUGCUAAAAUCCCAACUCACUUAAAUUUUCUGUUGGAAGAAUUGAGAGGGCAUUGUAAGAAAAAAACUGAGAAAAAACGAUGGCAUUGGCUAAAAGUCUUCGCCUUGACUUGCUGGCUACUAUGGAAGAACAGAUGCAGAGGAGUUAUGGAGGGAAAGCGAAGCCAUGCGGAAGAACUUAUACAUGCGGGACUACAUCUGCUCAUGGAGUCUACAGAACAAGGAGAACUGAAGCAUCAGCUAUUUGGCACAUGCACAGACUGGGAAGCCAAGUGGACCCCUCCGCCUGAGGGGUUUGUUAGAUUGGAUACAGACGGAUCUGUCAAUACGUUAAAAUUCGCGGCAUGUGGAGGCAUAGUUAGGAACUCAGCAGGACAAUGGCUCGUCGGGUUUAAAAAGAAAUUGGGUUUCCUACCCUCUACGGCAGCAGAACUAUUGGCGUUACAAACAGGACUGGAAAUUUGCAAACAACAAGGUUACAGCAAAGUGAUGGCGUAUACUGGAAAUUUACAAACAACAAGGACUGGAAAUAUGCUUAUGGUAGAUGAAGGUUUUCAACAUCCUUUACGAUCACACAUAAUGCAAAUACGAAAUCUGAUGUACUCUGAUUGGGACCUCAAGAUCAACUACACACCUCGGGAUAACAUUCAGUGUGCGGACCAACUGGCUAAGGAGGCGCACAGGCUUACAGAAGGAAUGAUUAUGUUGUGGCAUCCACCGGCCGACUACCUUUCUCGCUUUAGGGAUGACUUAGAGUAG